UGUCACCUCCUUGAAAUCAACCCAUCAGCAAGCCUGUAGAUUCCAAACAGUUUUCAGACUCUCACAAAUGGAGCUAGGGCGCUUUGCGGUACCUUCAGUCUAUGCCCUGAUAUUCUUUUUAGCAUAUACUUCGCAAUGGCUGCUUCUCUAUCUCGAGCCUUUUCCUCCGACGAAAAAUCAGCUCGUCUGGUUCAAUAGUUUACUCGUAUGCCUAUUGAUUUCUUAUACAAAAUCUGUAUUCGUUGACCCAGGACGAAUACCAAAAAUAGAAUCAGAACAGGAAGAAACGAAAACACUUGAUGGUACACAUGAGAACAAAGCGAUCCAAUCAAGAAAGUGGUGUCGAAAAUGCAAAGCCAUCAAACCCCCUCGUGCGCACCACUGCCGAGAAUGUCAGAGAUGUAUUCCCAAAAUGGAUCAUCAUUGUCCCUGGACACAAAACUGUGUUUCCCAUACGACCUUUCCUCAUUUCAUGCGCUUCCUCUUCUACGCGGUCGUCUCUAUGACAUAUCUCUUCAACUUGAUAUGGGCUCCCGCCAGCCAUCUCUGGGCAGAACGUCACCUACCUAGCUACCUCGGGCCUUCCAUUUAUCAGCUUGCCCAUUUAUUCGCGAUAUUGAUCGCCAAUUCAUUAACGCUAUUCGCUCUCACUAUUCUACUGAUCCGAAACAUCUGGGGAUUGUCCGUCAACACCACCACCAUCGAAGGGUGGGAAAUCGAAAGACAUUCGACAUUAGUAAGGCGAGCCAAAUACUUCGGCGGCUGGCUCGAUGGACCCGAUGGCGUCAAGGUCCAGAUCCGAAAACAGGAGUUUCCUUACGACAUUGGUAUCUGGAAGAACAUCAAGCAGGGCAUGGGUACUGGUAACGUGUUAGCUUGGUUCUGGCCUUUCGCAUCUACCCCAUCAAUAGAAGGGGGACUAAAAUUCGAAACGAACGGGUUCGAAGACGAGUCACUUUCUUGGCCGCCGCCUGACCCGGACCGCAUGUAUCGGAAGCAGGCCCCAAUAGGGAAGGGGGAAACUGCUUUCACAUAUCGCGAUGCGGGUCUUACACCUGAGGAGACACUCGCGGCCUUCCGUAAGCGACAAGAGAAUGAUAUCGUCAGACGAAGGGAACCGUUUGUGAAUAGAGUGGAAGAUUACGUGGCUCGGCAACGAAGUCUAGAUAAUUCCGAGGAGGUGGAUAGUGGAGAGGAAACGGAUACGAGAGAUAGUGAAGAAAGAGCCUGGACAGCUAAGGAUAGUCAGGAUGGCGAAGAGGGCUGGCGUAAUAGGGAAGGGGAGAGAUUGAGAGACUUUGGUCUCGAUGAGGAAGUUGAGUUCUAUGACGAGGAGGAUGAUUUGCCCUUGAGUGAGCUCCUAGCUAGGAAGAGACAGGCAGCAUGACUGUGAAUAGCAUUAAGCAGGAAUUAUUCAAUCUUCAUCAGCAUCGUUGUUGAGAAGCUCGUAGUUGGAUUUGAUCCUUUUAUAC